UUUUCGUCAGGAUCUGAUUCUAGUGAUGAGAAUAAUUCCUGUAGUUUUGUAGGAUCAAACUUUUUUUUUUUAAAUCUCUGUUGUAUGAUUUUUGUUGUGUGUAAAAUAAGGCAGUUUUACUGGCUUGCGAUUUAUAUAAUUCUUUGUGUUUUUAUGGUUAGUUUUUUAACGCACUGUGGCAUUCAUGGUUCGAUGCUGUCUUUGUUUCCAAGCUAUAAUUUACUUGCACUAUUUUACUAGAUAUAGGAUGCUGACCAUCUGGCUUUAUUGUGAUGGUAGCUAUUCCAUAUUCUUUCUUCUUUUACAUUUGGCUUUUGCAAGAAGUCUCAUAGUCGUGGUAAAUUGCCAAGGUGUUGGAGGUGCCAUACUUUCCAGAGCCAGUUGUUGGGUUUUUGCCCAGCCGGGAGGUCUGUGGUGAGAGGGUGCCCUCAGUGGAAUUGGUGGCUAGUCUUGCAAACUUAAUGAGAGUUUGGCGAUUCUUUUGUAGUCUUAUUGCGUGUGACAAAGUGGUGUUUUAUUCUUCUGAGGUGCGAAUUAUCAUAUGGUCUGCUACUUGAGUUCUGAUGGCCUUAUUCUUUCUGGCAACCAUUUCCGCAGAGUACGAGAUGUGGACAUGAAACAUGACUAUGCUUUCGUUGAAUUUAGCGACCCCCGAGAUGCAGAUGAUGCUAGAUACAGCUUGAAUGGGCGAGAAUUUGAUGGAAGCCGUAUUAUAGUGGAAUUUGCAAAGGGGGUUCCACGUGGUUCUGGUGGUUCACGUGAGUAUCCUGGAAGAGGCCCUCCACCUGGUUCUGGCAGGUGCUUUAACUGUGGCAUAGAUGGCCAUUGGGCUCGAGACUGCAAAGCUGGUGAUUGGAAGAACAAGUGUUAUCGCUGUGGAGAAAGAGGCCAUAUAGAAAGAAACUGCCAUAACAGUCCUAAAAAUCUCAAGCCUGGGAGAAGUUAUUCACGAUCUCCAUCCCCUCGCCGUGGUAGGAGCCGAAGCUACAGCAGAAGCCGUAGUUAUAGCCGAUCAAGGUCUCCUGCUCCAAGAAGAGAUGGACGAAACAGAGAACGCGGGGACAGAAGGUCCAGAAGCCCUGGAUACGACAGGAGCCCGAGGUCAAGGAGCCCACCUCCAUCCAAGGGGAGGAAGCACAGCCUUUCACCUGACGGUAGCAAGAGCCCGCGUGGGUCUCGGAGCCCCUCGCCUGAGGAGCGUAGGGAUGUUGAGCACAAUGGAUCAGACUACAACAGGAGCCCUGUGAGGGAGAACAGCAGGAGCACAAUGAGCCAGGAUCGUGAAAACUCGCCAGUGGGUGAUAGAUAUCGGAGUCCUGAGCCAAAUGGGAGGAGCCCUAGUCCCAAGGACGACGGAGAUGAUGAUCACCAUGCUUCUCCCAGUGGUAGGGAGUCGCAAGACUGAUCACAGCAUUUAGUAGCGCAGCAGAACUGUGCUAGUAAUUAUUUCCAUAACCAAGAAAAGAUUUGGUGGACCGUUGUCAAUGUAGGGGACAAUUUUUGUUGACUUCUGAACGUUAAAUUUUGUGGUCUGUCUCUACCAA